AUCUGUGCUUAUACAGUCGCUGUGUCUGGACAAGAACAGACCGUGAGCCAUGGGGCUUUUACUCAGCCGGAUUCAUGAUGCUUUACGCAGUUUCUAUGGGAUGGAGGCUCGCAUCCUUCUGCUAGGUCUAGAUGCAGCUGGCAAAACUACCCUCCUUUACAAGCUGAAGAUGAAUGAAACUGUAACAACCAUUCCCACCGUGGGCUUCAACGUGGAGAAGAUCCAACCGGUCAACAACGUCACAUUUACAAUGUGGGAUGUUGGUGGCCAAGACCGGAUCAGGGUCCUGUGGAAACAUUACUAUACCAACACAGAUGGGCUGGUCUUUAUGGUAGACAGCGUGGACUGUGAGCGCUUUGAAGAAGCCAGGCUUGAGUUGGAGGCGCUAGUGAAUGCCAGAGACAUGGAGGGGGUGCCUGUGGUACUGCUGGCCAACAAGCAAGACUUGCCUGGAGCUUGGCCUCCCAUGGAAGUGGCAGAAAAGAUGGGACUGAGGAAGAUGCCAGGGAAGUGGUGGCAUGUGCAAGGUUGCUGCGCUGUGAGUGGAGAAGGAAUCCCUGAGGCGAUGGAGAAGCUGUCCGAGAUGGUGAAGCUUUAUCGGAAAACCCGGGGUAUACCAUAAAUUUGGAAAACACAAGGUAUCCUGCGACUCAGUUAUCUGUUCUGUCCCAGAUGUUUCUGUCCAGGCUAAUCUGCAGAAGGACUCUCCUGUAUCCUGUUUAUCCUAUCUGGUGAAUUAUAAGAAGAUGCCCAGACCUUUAGUGUUGUGAGGACUGCUUCUUGAACCCAGAGCAAGGUAUAGACUGAAUCUGUUUCCAAGGGAUUCUUUAUUCAAGACGGAAUCAGAAGCAAAGGUACCAAAGGACUAAUGGACUUCAAAGGUUGAACCAUCACAUCUACAGCCAUAAAAGUUUACCCUUGGUUAUGAAACCCUUUUUCUAGCUUUGCAUUUGUGAGAUUUAUUAUUUUCUCCUUUGUGCAACUGAUAAUCUCAACAGGGUGCUUCAGGGGUUAGGUUCCUGCUUUGUUUCUAUCUACUGUAAAGAUGAGAAUAAUGAUUCUUUAUAAUGGUAUCUCUUUCUCAGUUGUACUAUUGUACUAUUAUGAUUGUAACAUAGAGAAACAAUAUCUGUUAUUUUGUGAUACAAAUAAUUAUUUAAAUUAAUUUGAUAGUUAUGGGGGAUGGUUUUACCCAUUUAGUUGUGUUUUGUACCACAGCCCAGCAGCUUGUAACAUUUAAUUUUAAAUAAAAAUAACUAAAAUCAAUAAAAAUAACUAAAAUGACUAAUUACUUUCAAAAAAUUAAAUAGCACUGUG